AAACAUAUGUACUUUUUUUAGACUGGCCAUAGCAUCUUUUAUAUUAUUCAAAACAUGGUUUGCAUGGAAAGUUUGCUUUGUGAUGAGGUAUGCCCUUCAAGCCCCCCUGCAGUGACUACUGAGCCUUUCGGUCACAGUAACUUUGGAUCCUCAAUGUAUACAACUAAGGAAGACUAUGAGCAGGCUCUUACCAUAUGCAUGGAGAAGGAGAUCAGCUACAUGCCUGAACCUAAUUAUCUAGAGAACCUAUCUUCCAAUAAUUUGGUCAUUGCUAGGUUAAAAUGCAUUCAGUGGUUCAUCAAGUCUGCAGGUCGGUUGAACCUCUCCCUUGGAACCGUUUUCUAUGCUGCAAAUUACCUUGAUCGGUUCAUAUCCAUGAACCAUUGCACUGGAUGGAAAUAUUGGAUGGUUGAAUUGGUGUCUGUUGCCUGCUUAUCUAUUGCCAACAAGUUCAGUGAUACCUGCAAUCCUUCCCUGCUUGAACUUCAGAUGGAAGAUCUGGACCAUUCAUUUGAGCCAAGCACAAUCCAACGAAUGGAAAUGAUGGUGCUAAAUGCAUUAGGAUGGCGCCUUGCGUCUACAACAGCUUACUCUUACCGACUGUUGGAAUGGAUUCUGGACUCUUUGAAGCCCCAACUUCAUGAAAAGCUCAUAGGCCGACUUAACAAAUUGCUUCUUGGAGCUAUUUCAGAUUCCAAGCUUCUGGAUUUUAGGCCAAGUGUGGUUGCAAUAUCUGCUCUAAGGUGCAGUCUGGAUAAGAUACAACUUUCAGAAGCCAUAUCUGAUAACGCCUACCUCACGUGUCUUACAAGUCUAUUGGAUCAUGACCAAAAGUGUGAGUUGGUGAAGUGCCAUAUGAUGAUGGAGGAGCAAUAUUCAUCAGUUGAUUGUUUGGACAACUUAAGAGCUCACCGGGAUUUUCAUUACUGCCCUUCAAGUCCCACGACCGUGCUGUUGAAGAAUCGUAUUAAUUUUUAUGAUUUUCAUGUUGAUUUCUCUCUCUUUAAGAUGAGAGAUCAAACAAUGAUCACCGGGAUUAACAAGAGAAAGCGAGAAGAUCACUACCCUAAUUAA